GAACUAGCCUACUAAAUGUCCUCUAACUUUUGGAUGCGUCGGUUAGCUUUCCUUUGUGGAUCAGUCGUCGGAUAUCAUUUUUGUGCUCAGUUAUUUACUGUUUUGUUAGAAGAACAGAGUGGCAUUGACCCUAUGGCUAAUAAUUAUUCCAUUGAGAAUCAUUUGGACGGUACCGGAGAGAAUGGUCGGAAAGGGUUGGUGAUAUCGAAAAUGCUCACUGGCAAUAAGUAUGAGAACACAGAAGUGGCUGCAAAACUCUACCAGAAGGUGAAGAUUCUUUGCUGGAUAAUGACAGGACCACAAAAUCUGCAGGUAAGAGCCAAACACAUUAGAGCCACAUGGGCCCAGCGUUGUAACAAAGCCCUGUUUAUGAGCUCAGAAGACAAUGCAGACUUCCCUGCCGUGGGAUUAGAAACUGAAGAGGGCAGAAAUCAUUUGUCCCAGAAAACAUUAAAGGCCUUUUUGUAUGUUCAUGACCACCACCUAGAAGAUGCAGAUUGGUUCAUGAAAGCAGAUGACGACACAUAUGUGAUUGUAGACAACCUGAGAUGGCUUCUGGCAAAUCAGGACCCAGAGCAACCCGUGUAUUUUGGGAGAAGAUUUAAGCCCUAUGUAGAUGAGGGCUACAUGAGUGGUGGGGCAGGCUAUGUGCUGAGCAAGGAAGCCUUGAGGAGAGUGGUGCGUGUGAUAAAGAGGAAUGGAUGUGAACCUUUUACCGCCUUUGAGGACAUCAUCCUGGGACAGUGCUUACAAACAGUCAACGUGAAGCCAGGCGAUUCCAGAGACCCCACUGGGAAAGAAACUUUCCAUCCCUUUCUGCCAGAAAAUCACUUAAUUCCAGGUUUGCACUCCAAAUCCUUCUGGUACUACAAAUAUAAUUACUACCCUCCCAUAUAUGGACCCAACUGCUGUUCUGAUUUUGCAGUUUCUUUUCACUAUGCAAAUGCUAUAGCCAUAUAUGAGUUGGAAUACCUAGUUUAUCAUCUCCGACCAUAUGGUUAUGCAUACAGAUAUCAGCCUACCUUACCUGAAAAUCUAUUAGAGAAAAGAAACAAAACAAAGCAAGGCAAAAUGAAGAUGUAAAAGAUUAAUCCAGGAAGUACUUGAGAUGUAUGCAAGAGCAAAGGUGGAGUGACUAACCUUGCAUGACCAAAAGAACACUUGGCAGGGCAAACCUUGCUAGGUGAAUAAGUGAACAUUGUAUCAAAAAAAAAAAAAGGCAACAACAAGAUUCCUGAAUAUGAUCUGAGGUUAAAGCAGAAGCUGCACUCUGUGUUACAGUACCUUAUUUAUACAUAUAUAUCUGAUAAUAUUUUGAAAAGAAUAGUCAGAUAGAAAAGCAAUUUUGUGUCCGUUUCUGACCAUACUCAUCAAGCAAACUCUACUGGACUCGGAGAAUGAACUGCUCAUGAUAAUAUAUGGGUCUGACUGAACACUAAAAGCCAUUUUAGCAUCGUCUUUUAUACUCUACUCAUAAAUUAGAGUUCUGUAUAACAUAAAUAAACUAAAAUUCCCCUGGCACACAACGUUUGUCUAAUGACAAUUUCUUGCUCCUAAUGUAUGAGUGGAAGAAUUUCUUCCUGAAUUAGAAUGUUAUCUGCACUAAAAGUCACCAAUAAAGUCACACCGUGCUGCUAUUA